UGCGGGCUGCACAUGGGAAUAUGCCAGCUGCCAGUAUAAGUGGAAAGGCCUGGAGGCCGGCGGGAUGGUUAUUGUCCGGCAGCUCAGUAAAGGUCAGAAUAUUGUUUGUUGUAUGACUCAACAAGGGAUUUCUUUUCUUCAUAACAGCUGAACUCCAACUGUCAGAGUGCCUCCUAAAUCUCGACGAGUUCGCUGUAUAUGGUCAGAUUGGUUUGAUUGGGCACUAGGCUCAGCAAACGCGAGGGCGAGAGUUUGGCUCGCUCGUCCAUGUUGCCAGUGAGCUGGCCAGCUGUACCGAAGAGCGUGUGCAAGUUGUGGUGCCCGGAACCCCCUCCGAAUUCUAGAAGACACGCCUCACUUUGCUUGGCUUGCGUCACAGAAAAUGGAUGCUACCAUUCCCAAUGGGAGAAUAUCUCCAGUACCGAUACCUGGCCACAAUCCUGUAACCUUAAUGAUGUCUCAUGAACAAGAAAUGAAAAACAAGGAUCUGCAGGUAUGUGGUUCAACCAUAUCCUUCCAUAACAUCAACUACAAAGUGGAUAUCAAAGUGAACAAGAGAAAAGUAACGAAAUGCAUCUUGAGGGAUAUCACUGGAGUGUUCCAGCCAGGAAUGAAUGCAAUUCUGGGUCCAACAGGGAGUGGAAAAACAUCGCUCUUAGACAUUUUGGCUAGACGGAAGGAUCCCCGGGGAUUAACUGGUACUGUAUUGGUAGAUGGUGCCCCACAGCCGUCAAACUUCAAGUGUGUGUCUGGCUAUGUUGUCCAGGAUGAUGUUGUCAUGGGAACAUUGACAGUCCGAGAGAAUCUCGCCUUCUCAGCAGCUCUACGUCUGCAGGGUCAUGUCAGCCAUGAAGAGAGAAAAGAGCGUGUAGAAGAUGUGAUUAUUGAGCUAGGCCUCGCCGAUUGUGCUAAUUCAAAGGUUGGGACUGAGUUCAUCCGGGGGGUCUCUGGUGGGGAGAGGAAGCGGACCAACAUUGGUAUGGAACUGAUCACUAAGCCAUCAGUGCUGUUCUUGGAUGAACCAACCACUGGCUUGGAUGCCAGUACGGCCAAUGCUGUUAUAAUACUCUUGACAAGUUUGGCCAAGAGAGGGCGGACUAUCAUCUUUUCCAUUCAUCAGCCACGGUUCUCCAUAUACCGUCUUUUUGACAAGUUGCAUCUGCUCAGCAGGGGAGAGACUGUGUACCAUGGACCAGUAGAGGAUGUCCUUCAGUUCUUUGAAUCCAUUGGCUUUCAGUGUGAGGAACACAACAAUCCCCCAGACUUCUUCCUGGAUGUCAUCAAUGGGUACAUUGGGUCACCUUCCUUCCUGGAAAUGCAAACUCGUUGCUCUUCAUUGUCACAGGAAGGAGAUAAAGACAGUGCUGAGAAGGCCACCGAGGUUGUUCUCACUGAGAUGGACCAACCGUCACUAGCAGACCUCUACAGACAAUCAGAUACAUGCACUACUGUGAUGAGAGAGGCUGGAGAGAUUUAUUCUUUGCAUAGAAACAGUGACGAGGAUGUCACUGUUCCCAGUAUUCAAUACGCUACGUCCUUCCUUACCCAGUUGUGGUAUGUUUCCAGGAGAGCCCUCAUCAAUUUUGUCAGGAACCCACAACUUUCUAUUUUCCAGCCAUUGACAGUUGUGAUUCUUGCCGUAAUCCUUGGACUCAUUUACUGGCAGAUGGACACUUCACUGAACUCUGGCAUCCAGAACAGGGUGGGAGCCUUUCUUUUUGUGACAAUGAACAUGGUGUUCGGUAACAUGAGUGCAAUCGAGAUCUUCAUCAAGGAAAGGGCCAUCUUCAUACACGAGUCAGCCAGUGGUUACUACAGAGUCUCAACAUUCUUCUUCUCCAAGAUUGUCUGUGAUCUUCUUCCAAUGAGAUUCAUACCAACGUUUCUCUUCUCUCUCAUCACAUACUGGAUGCUUGGUCUGAAGCAUACAGCCAGUGCCUACUUCGUGUAUCUGCUCAACUUGGUGCUAACAACAUUUACUGCUUGUGGUCUUGCCUUUGCCAUUAGCUGUAGUGUGACAUUACAGAGCAUUGCUACACUGUUCAUCUCCAUGACAUAUGUCAUUAUGCUGGUCUUCAGUGGACUCCUUGUCAAUAUUUCCUCAUUGCCAUCCUGGAUUCAGUGGAUCCAGUACCUGAGCCUGUUCAGAUACAGCUUAAAUGCUCUUAGCGUAAACGAGCUUGUUGGUUUGACAUUUAGUGGAGAGGUCAACAACGUCACAAUGAGGAUGACGGGGGAGAUGUACCUGGAGGGACAAGGGAUUGACUAUUCCCACUGGGGUCUUUGGAAGAAUGAGCUAGCCCUAGUCAUCAUGUGCGUCGGCUUCAUGACUAUGGCUUAUAUCAAGCUCAGACUGAUCCCUAAAUACAAGUAGGGUAUGUUAGCAAACCUGGCAGGCUGUAGCCUUGUGCUUUUUUCUUUAAUUUCUGGUUUUUUUAAUGAAACGAGGAAACCAAUAGUAAUAAGAAGAAUAAGAAGAUUAAACUGAGCUGUCAAUGAUAAAUUCUACAGAACUUGUGAAAGACACGCAGGUUGUUCUUUCAGUUUCAGCAUAUCAUGAAGACACUUUUUCACCUUUCAUUCAUACCCUCUCAUGAAGACACUUUUUCACCUUUCAUUCAUACCCGUUCAUGAAGACACUUUUUCACCUUUCAUUCAUACCCUCUCAUGAAGACACUUUUUCACCUUUCAUUCAUACCCCCUCAUGAAGACACUUUUUCACCUUUCAUUCAUACCCGUUCAUGAAGACACUUUUUCACCUUUCAUUCAUACCCUCUCAUGAAGACACUUUUUCACCUUUCAUUCAUACCCGUUCAUGAAGACACUUUUUCACCCUCUUCCGUUCAUACCCUCUCAAGAAGACACUUUUUCACCCUCUUCCGUUCAUACCCGUUCAUGAAGACACUUUUCACCAUCUCCUAUACAUACCCUCUCAAUUUUGCGCCCUGGACGCUUUGUUUUGGUUUGUAUUUUGUUGAGGAGUAGAGAGUUACGGUCAGGGUGUUAAUUAGGAAGAGCUGUUGUAAAAUGCUGACCCCAAAGGCUUGUGCUGAGACAGGAUUUCUUUCUUGCCAUAAUGUCAUGUGUUGCAUUCAUUUAACUUGUAAAACUUCUUCAAUCUUUCAACUUUUCCAUGAUUUGAUCCACCCCAAAAUAUGGGCAAUUCACAUUGCAGUGCACCAUGUUUUUGUUGGCUGUAAACUUGAAAAAUGGCUUCUCUGUGGCAACCUCUUGGUAGUGCAGUGCAUUAUGAAUUACUCAUGUCAUUACGCACAAUGCAGCACGUGUCCCAUCCUCAUGAGGGAAAUAUGUCCCCUUGAUUGGAGUGAGGCUGAGUGGGCACUUGCAGCUUCCUACAGCACAACAUAAUGUCAUAUAGCUGAAGAUAUUGUAACGUAUAUUUAAAAGGAUCUGUAUCCAAGAAUUUUAAAUGAGGCAGUUUUAAAAUGUUCCAAAAAUUUUAACUCUUCAAAGUCAAAAUGUAAUAUGUACAUGUUACAGAAAUGGCUGAGGAUUCAAGGCAGCUGUAAGCAUCAGGGGAAUGCUUAAGUUUGUAUUAAAAGAUGGCUUUCAAAAUCUUUUGUAUUGGAGUAACAACAUUUACAUCAAGUUUUGUAGAUUUUGUUCUUAUUGUUAUAACUAAACUAUAUUCUAUCUCAAAGUGCGUACUUUUGGUGAAUCAUGUUUUAAAUUUAUGUAUUGGAUAUUUGUAUUUUUAUUUCAAACAUUGAAAAUAUAUCAUCAUGAUAAUGUUGAUGUAUUAAUUGGCAAAAGUGAUUUCAAAUAUGACUUGAACACAUUCUUACAUUGGUAUAGUUUUUCAAGAUGUAUUUUUUUGCAUUGGGGAGAUGUUAAUUUAUAUAACAGAUUUUGCCCUUACCCGAUGCAUAUAUUGAUAAACACUGUAUGCUCAAUGCUUGUCCGAGAGGUUGUGAAAGAAUUCACUAGCUUGCUUGGGUGGGACUCGAACCCACGACCUCCUGCUUUCUAGUGCAGACAUCGAAAACCAUUCGACCACCGAGCUUGCCGAGGUCGGCUGGCCAGUCCGAGUCGGGUGAUGCAGCCGGUACCGCGAACUAUUUUCAA